AUAAAGACGGACAUAGCGAUGGAAUUAAAAAAUGAGGAAAAUAAAAAAACGAAUGAAGAUUUCCUAUCAGAAAUACGUUUCUGUUAUCCCCACGAAAAUGAUGAAAAUCAAAAUUUUCAAAAUUUUAAAAAUGAUUUGCUAGAAAAAGUAAAUAUAGGAGACUCCAAAAGUGAAUGCAUUGCCUCCCUUGCAAAUAUACCUCUCCUGGUUCCAAGAGGAAGAUACGAAAUCGAAAUGUACACAAAGUCGUUCAAGCUACAUGGAAAGUCCUACGAUUUUACCAUUCAGUAUACUAAUAUAAAUAAAAUGUUGUUAGUCCCCAAAAGUAACUCCAAUCAGUACGUUUUAAUCUUUAGCCUAAAUAAUAAAAUGAAGCAAGGACAAACUGAAUACCCAUUCAUUUUGAUUCAACUCAAUAACGAUGACGAUAUGGAGUUGGACAUCAAUGCAAGUGAAGAAGAUGUAAAAAAAUAUAAAUUGGAGAAAUCACUCUCCGGAAAAGCAUACGAUGUAGUUACUAGACUAUUUACUGCUCUGGUUAAAAAAAAUGCCAUCAUUCCAGGGGACUACAGAACAGCAAAAAAUGAACAUGGUAUUACAUGCAGUUAUAGAGCAGCCAGUGGGCAGCUUUACCCCCUAAAUAAAUACUUCCUUUUUAUUAUAAAACCGGUCAUUUUAAUCUCCUUUGAUGAUAUUGUCACACUCAGUUUUCAGAGAACGGGAAAUAUAAAUCAACACCGUUUUUUCUCACUUAUCAUAAAACACAAAAGAGGAAUGAGUUAUGAGUAUACCAAUAUAGACAAAAAUGAAUACCUCCCUCUGUUGGAAUUUUUAAAAAGUAAAAAUAUAAACAUUCAGGAUGAUGCCAAUGUUACGGAUAAAAAACAGGACUUUGGUGAUGAACUGUCCGAAUCGGAUGAAGAGGAAUACGUUGCGGAUGAUGAUGAUGACGAUGAGGAGGAUUACGUCGCAGAAGAUGAGGAAGACGAUGACGAUGAGGAAGAGGCAGACGAGGAGGAAGAGGAAGAAGAGGAAGAAGAGGAAGAAGAAGACGAUGAUAAAUAG